GUGGUUAUAGUUCUCUGUUGUUUUCACUCGAGUCGAAGAUGCGCGAUGGUAGAAGUUUCGCUGAGAAUUCGAAAUAGCGUUGUAAUGUAUCCGGGAGUCGUGUGGCCUGCUGUUAUCUUGCAUAAUAUUCCGGCGAGUGUCGGAAAGACGUUAAAAUAACGCAAUAACGCGAGGCAACGCUAGAACAACGGUCCGAAGGAGCCUAACCUAAGCCUAACAAUGAGCAACAAGGCUAAUAACAGCGGAGAGAUAGAUCCCGUGCAGGAGCAGCUGACCGGCCGAGUACGAGAGGUUGGGAACUACGCGAUCUGGAGCUUGUCCAGCUGUAAACCGGGUUUCGGCGUGGACCAGCUUCGCGACGAUAUCACGGAGACGUACUGGCAGUCGGACGGACAGCUGCCACACCUGGUGAACAUACAGUUCAAGAGGAAGACGACCAUUCGCGACAUAUGCAUCUAUACAGAUUACAAGCUGGACGAGAGCUACACUCCAAACAGGAUAAGCAUCAGAGCUGGGACCAACUUUAACGAUCUGCAGGAGGUAGAGGUGAUGGACCUGAACGAGCCGAGCGGAUGGAUAGUGAUCCCCAUUAAGAACAUCAACGAUCGGCCUAUUAGGACAUUCAUGAUUCAAAUAGCGGUCAUCAGUAAUCAUCAAAACGGCAGGGACACCCAUAUGAGGCAGAUCAAGAUCCACAGCCCCGCGCAAGAUAUUCUUGGCCCGCCGGCGCCUUACAUCCCAGGGCAAUUUCUUACCAAUGAAUUUUUACGCUACGCCACUAUUAGAUAAGAUUUGUAAAUUGAACUUUCUGAACAUACAUAAGUUAUAUAUAUAUAUAUAAUAAAAUAAAAUUUUAUUAUCAUCAACAUUCAAUUCGACAUAUUUACAAACUCUUUCAUUCUCAAUCACUUAUUUUGCUCAAUUUAUUUUAUUAUUCACUUGUUAAGAAUAAAUUGAUUAUUCUAUUUA